CGCAGGCAGACCUGAUUUGGUAGAAACCUGGGUGUGCAAAGAAUUUGUGGUCAACUGCCCUAAGAUAACCACUUUGGUACUGCAAGCAUGCAACUGUUUCCUUCUGAAGCUUUCAAGCUGUUGAAGGGGUUUAACGAGCUAAAAUAUGUCGACUUUACAAAUUGUUACUCUCUCACUGGCGCCUUUUUAGAGGACCUUGUCACCAAAGGUGGUGGAAAUAGUUUGGAGGUCAUGAUUUUACAUGGGUUGUAUGGUCUUGAUAAAGUAAGAACAUUAAUUUCCCCUUGUUUCCUUACCUCUUUUUCUCUAUCUUCCUUUACUAACACAUGCCAUGUGAUAUUGUGGACAGGUGGAGGUUAUAAAGUUUAUGAGAGCUCUUCUUGCAGGAAAGUUCAGGCAACUACGACAUCUUGUGAGUUUGAUUUUCUGCUUUGUUUUUCUACUAAACUUUUGAAAUUUUGGUUAUUUGAUCACUUGGCUCCUUUUACGAUUUCAAAGGUCAUUAAACUUGUUAAUAUUUGCCAAAGUGGUCAUUGAACUUUUUUUAGAACCAGGUUGCAUGUUCUGCUCCUGUUUUUAUCCAUUAUAUUCUUGAAAUUGAAUUAAAAAAUGAUGUGUAUCCCUUUCCCUUCAACAUGAGAUAUCCGAAAGUGGUGGCUUAUUAGAUACCGGUGACGACGGUGAUAUACGUUAUAG